AUGACUUCAAAACUUAAUGACGGAAUUAAAAACGUCUCAAAUGAUCUUAAAGGAAAGCCUAAAGAUGUAAUAUGUGAACAAAUUGAAAAAGAUAAAAAAGAUCUUCUUGCUUUAUGUACUAAGAUUAAAAAAGCUCAAGAAAAGUUUGAGAAAUUAGGUAAAGAUGCUAAAGAACAAUAUGAUGAACAUAAGAAGGCACUUAAGCUUUGUGCUGAUGUAAUUACAUGUGAUCCAAAUCCAUUUAACGAGUCUAUUAAAAUUAUUGAAGAAAAUGAUGAAAAAGCAAAGAAAUAUGAAGAAAAAUUACAAAAGAAGGUUAUGAAACCAUUGAAAAUGUAUUUAGAAACAGUUACAGUCUUAGAAAAGAGAGUUAAGAUUUUAGAUGAAAGAGGUAAAGCAAUGGAAAAGGCUGAACACGCUUAUCAUGAUAUGCUUAAGAAGCCAGAAAAUAAACAAGUCGGAUUAAGUGAUCUUAAAGUUAAUUAUACUAACUCCAGAGAUUCUUGGGAGUACUUAAGAGAUGAACUUAGUGUUGAUAUUAAGAAAGUUCUUGAAGAAAUUACUUCAAACUUUGGUCAAAUUUGUUCUGGUUUCAUGAAGACAUAUUCUAAAUAUAUGAAAAACACUCAAGAAGUUUGGGAGAAACUUCAUGACUAUGCUAAAGAAAUUAAAGUUGGAGAUCUUGAUAAAGAACCUGUUUAUACUCCAACUGAACAAUCAAUGGUUGGUGAACCAAAUGUCCAAGCUAGAAGAGAAAAGGAAAUUGCUAAUGGUACUUAUGUUAAAGUUGAAUAA